AUGACUAGCAUCUUCACUAGCUGGAUCGGCACCAACAAGCCCGCCGCUGGCGACGUCGAACAGGGUCCUAGCGACCCCACCCGAAUGCGAGCCCUAAGCUCUGGCUCUAAUCCAAUGUCGCCCAUCGAUCGAGCUACAUCCAUGACUCCCAAACAACCUUAUCACUUCAACGAGAUGGCCAUCUCAUCUCCACGCGAGCAUCGUCAUCGUGAAGCAUCCCAAGCAACCCUCAAUGGCCGUGCAAGCGAAAACGGCGUAGCUGAGCACCACUCUCGUGCAGCAACAUACCCCUAUGCAGACCCAGUCAGCAAGUCGUUACACAACAGUAGACCCAACUCGAUGGCAAAUGCUUCGGAGCUCGGCCAUGAACCGCACACAGCAAUGGGCGGUGGUGGUCACAGCGAAGCAGCCUGGAGUGCCGCACCGUCUUCCUUCGACGCAGCAAAGGGGUCUGCACCGAGACGUCGCAAGAAACUAGCUCCACCUGAGCUGCUCGUCAUUGUCAAACCUCCUCCUAGCAAACAGGCUAACCCGCUCAACCUUCAGAUCCAACUCGUUAUGCCUCAGCAGCUGCAGAACCGUCGCGAUGGAUCGCAGCGGAGAUCUUCCAUGGACUCGUCAGUGGCUCAUGGCGAGCUUUCGACUGCGCCGUCUGUGGAGCUACGCAGGAGGGAUUCAAUCACCUCGACCAAAUCAGCUGGGUCAGAGCUGUCAGCAUCUGGCUCAGUCGCAUCGGUUAGUUCAGGUCGCAGGGUGACGCCGCUGUAUAACCUCAACUUCCACAAUAUUCUUUCUACGACGGUUAGCGAUGCAGGUACCGACCAGAAAGUAGCAAAGUAUGUCAAGAAGGGUAUUGAUUUGGAUGGCUUCGGUAUUCUAGAGCCUGCGGAGCUUGUGAUGGGUAUCAACGAUAUGGCGACGUUCUAUCGGAAUGUGAGUAAUCAUAAAGGCUCGACUGCACUGCAGACUGGACGUGCCGGCACGGAUCUCUCACCGAGAAGCGAAGAUGAUUCGUCAGGUGGAGUGGACGAUGCGUCUGCCUUUUCUGCUCCUGCGAGGAAGAAUCUCGGCUCGGCACCAGCAGCAGCUGAACCGCCUACCUCGUUCCAGGCUAUGACUCCGGAAGCUCGUGGUGUGGAAGCCAAUUUGGGAGGCAAACUGUUGGGAAAGUUCAAGAAGUUUUCGCUCAACGUUCGACCCGGUAAUGCCAAUGGCGCGGUUGGUGCUUUCGUUCGGGACACGAGUGGUGCGUCGACGCAAGAUCGUGCAACAGGUCCGACCUCAAUCGGCGGAAACCCUAGCAUCUUUGGCAAGCUCGCAGGACAGACUACAACUGAUAACAGCAGAACCUCGAGCAGCCACGAAAUCCCACAACUGACCCCCGGAGCUGGUGUAGCAGAUGGAAAGCGAACCGAGGGCUAUUACUGGACGGUACGCAAGUGGAAUCGGAAAGCGCACGACGGCGUACCUGUCAACUUUGCGGGUAGGACGUCGGCUGCUUCUCCCAACUCCAACGCAAACGAUGGGGAAGGGUCGAACGCGGUAUUGAAUAGCGUAUGGAAGCGGUUCAACGUGGUUAAUAGGAUGGGUGGGAACGAGGUUCAUCCUCCCCCCUCGCAGAUUCCAGUACGGUUCGAAUGGUCGAGAAACUCAAAAAGGCUUCCUAGUCGGAGAAGAGCACAGGAGAACGAAGCUAGACUUGGUGCAAGCGUUUCGUUGAAUGCUUCUGUUACUAGUAUCGACCUUCAUACUGGAGUUGAAGCGAGUCGAAGCAAUGCUUCGCUUCACCAGCAGCAUCAUCAUGCUUUCCCCACCACUUCAGCUUCGGCUCAAUCGCUGGGCGUAGAAGACGCGCACCCACGAUCCAGCACAGGCGAUGCUUUGCGAUCCACCUCUCGCCCAUCCUCAUUCAUCUCAGGCGCAGGUGGACAUCGAUCCCCACGUCGUUGCUCAGUUGAUACUUCUGCCGCUGGCUCUUCCGCUCCCCACGAGGAUUCAGGCGACGAAUCGGAUCCAGAAGACUCCGAAACGCCCUGGAACUGCCACUUGGUCCUAGGCCCAACCACGCGCAUUCCGCUUGGAACUCUUUCUCCCGCACCUCAUCAUCCUAAAUUGGUGGGUCAACUAGCUGUACCUUUCCCUCUCCCCGAUCUCAGCGCUACAGGUUUAGGCCCAGACGGAGCAGGAUUGACGAGGGAAGAGUUAAAGGAUGUAAUUAUUGUCACGUGUCUUCAUCUGAUAGUGAGGGAGAGUUUUGGCGGGUUGGCGAGGAGAAGAAGUAAUGCUGGGAGUGUGGGGGAGGGAGGGGUAGGGGUGGUAAGUGCAAGUAAGGCGAAUGCAAGUAAGGCGAGUGCAAGUAUGGCGAGUGUGAAUGGUUGGAGGUUGGCUAGUGUUCCUAAGAAACACUAA